UACUUUUAUUACUAAUCGACUAAGAAUCACAGUAUAAUAAAUAUUACUGAGCACAUAUCUGACGUCAGUCAUUGUCUAUGAUCGAUUUGUCAAUUCAACUGUCACAACAAAGCGACUGAUAGUGUGUGUACCAGGUUUCAAUUCAAACUUUUGAAACUUGAAAACACUUAUCGUGAUAUGUAGAAAUAAAAAUAGCACUUAAUUCAUAUAAUUACUGUCUUCGUUGCAUGUAAUAAACAAUGAAAUUCCGAGCUGUUAUGAUAGAUGCGGGGCCAAUGCGGGAAUUCUCAAAUGUAGUUACAAUUAUAUCAAAGUUAUCGAAAGAAUGUGUGUUAAGAUUGACUGAUGACCACCUAUAUUUUAUUGUUAGCGAAGAAAAUAGCGGGCCAACACCACCGAUACUGUGGUGCGAGAUACCACAGGCCAUGUUUUGCUCUGAAUACCAAAUGCUAGGUCUAGACGAAGAGCAUAAAGAUAUUUAUUUAGCUUUUAGCUCAGGUAAUUUAGCAAGAUCUCUAGUCACAUUAAAGACUGCAAAGAGCUUAAAAAUGAAACUCACAAAGAAACAGUGUCCAUGUUUAACUCUGGAAAUUGAAAUGCCAUCUACAACAUCGCAGCAAACAAGACAGGUCACUCAUGAUAUCCCAGUUACCGUGAUACCGAGGAAGUUAUGGACAGAUUACCAUGAACCAAGGAUUCCGGAUCCUGAUAUAUCAAUAGAACUGCCAUCAUUAAAGCAGUUACGAACUACGAUAGAUAGAAUGCGGACAAUGACAUCUGAGGUAGUGAUCAGAGCGUCCGCUGAGGGCAGACUGACUUUACAGAUCAAAACUGACAUGGCUAAAGUAUCAACAAGGUUUAAAGGAUUGAGAGUUGAGGCUUUCGGAGGGCCAAUAGACCACUCAGACUCUGAAACUGAAACACAAAUGAAUGAAGAUAUGUCUCGGGUAUGCUAUUGCAGGGUAGACGCCAAAAAACUAUCAAUGUUUUUAAGCGCAGAUCAAAUAGCAACGAACAGAACUGUUUGCAGUAUAGUUCAUAGGAAGUUAGUGAUUUUAUGUUUAACAACGGAUGAAAAUGUUAAGUUGCAGUGUUUUAUUGGAGGGAUUGUUUAUUGAAAUAAAUUGUUUUGUUUUA